AUGUUGCAAACUCCCAAGAACUUGCGAGGAAGAAGCCAUGGUUUCCCAGAUCUCAACUUUGAAGCAACAGCUCAUAUCAUGACGAUCGAAGCCGAUAUGACACAGUAUCUUCGAUUCAAGGGUUUUUAUCGACAUCCAGCAACUCGUACGUUAUUUGUGUGGGUAGGGGAUUCUUCUGGAGAUAACUUCUAUGGCAGCAGGAAGAUCGAACCACUAGCCUUCGAUCAAUCGACGAUAGCAAUUCUGCAUGGCUCCAAGGAUAUUUCUCAACCGCCAUCAAUUGUGAGAAGGAUCAACAUGUGCGAGAAUCUGAUUGCGAUGUCGGACAAUUCAAUCCUUGACGGAAGAUUGGAAAUGCAUCACCGCAGAUCGAGGAAGAGAUAUGAACAGAAACGACUGUGA